AGUUAGUGCUACGAAUGAGCGUGUCUGUUUUGGUCUGGUGAUUUUAUUGUCUUCAGUCUGAUUUCGCCAUUAAUUUUUCCGCUUCAGCCUUAAUCAACUUCAUAGUUUAUCAAAAGUUGGGUAAUUUUCCCUCCAAAUCACUUUUUUUUAAUCAUUAUUAGCAGUUUUCAUCCUCCUUUAUUAGUUAGAUUAUCUCGCAGCUGAACCAAAAAAAAAACAUUACCAUAGUCAAAUCUACGAACGACAAAACGAAGUUCUAUGAUAAAGUUAUUGGUGAAAAAUUAAUUUUACUUUGAAUAAUUAGCAAGAAAAAGUCCGUUGGCAAGACGACUUGUUGUUAUAAUAACAUUAUUGUACUAUUUUGGAAAGCUUGUAUUCUUUGUUAAAAAUCAAAUUUGGCUCUAAGUUAUUCCAUUAUUUUUAUUACAUUUUUUGAAACUUCAAAGAAGUACAAAGGAAAUGAAAUGUGUCUGUCUGUUGAAUGCUUAAUCGAAAUCAUCAAACGGCAAUAAAGAGAAAUUUGUCUCUGUAUUAUAGACCGAGAAUCUUUGUUUUGAUUGAUGUUUAGUAGGUUCAAAGACGUCCAUUCACGAAACCUUACGUCGACUGAUUGAAUUGUGACAAACCUACAAACAACCAGUUAAACAGAAACUAAAAAUUACCAUCGCCUCUGCAAUAAUGGAGCAGGAAACGAACUCGACGUACAAUGAUUCUCUGACAAUCAACGAAACCACUGAUCAUGAGUUCGAGCCCCCGCGUCUCCCUGGUUUGGUGAUUUUCUUCACUGCAAUUUAUGCCCUGGAAUGCUUCAUCGGAUUUUUAGGCAACAGCGUGGCUAUUUGGAUUCUGGUGAAGAUGUUGCGCACCUCCAAGACCCCCACUAAUCUGUGCAUGUUGAAUCUGAGCAUCGCAGACUGGGUGUACUGUGUGUUUGUGGUGCCCAUCAUAGCUGACACCCUCUGUGGCUCACCCCUGUCGCCAUGGCAACGUCUAGGCAUACUAGCAAAACCACUUUGCAAGAUGUUUCUGAUGUACCAGACCCUGAUGGUGUUUGUGUCCAUUUACACCAUAGUGGCCAUGACCAUUGACAGGUACUUGGCAGUUGUCCGGCCCAUAGAGUCCAUCAACUACAGGAAUGCACGUAACUGUGUGCGUGUGUUGGGUGUGGUUUGGCUGGUGGCUGCCCUGGUCUCUCUGCCCCACUUCUUCACUGGAUACAUCUACUCAGACUCCCUCAUGAACACUUGUGCCAUCAAGUGGUCCUCCUACGACAGAAUUCUCUCCACACUACUACCACCCAACUCAGCAAUGAAAAUGUGGGCAGUGGUUACUUUCCUGUUCACAUAUGUGGUCCCACUUAGCAUGGUCGUUGGUCUAUACCACAAAAUACUCACCACCCUAAAAGAGAGAGAACAGAAGAAACACUCGGCCACUAUCACUGCAGCAAACAACAGCAGUUAUAAUAACAAUAACAACAACAAUGACAAUAUUGCCACUAAGAAAAAGUCGCCAGUUGCAAAAAAUCCCUCCCCUGCCUGCCUGAUGAUCAAAAACACGAAUGCGACUUCCUCGACUGAUAGAAAAAAUGAUGGCCCCACUUAUAACCAAAAUGGAGCAGCAUAUCUCUCAGUCGAGACAGACUUGGAGCUAUCAACGUCCUGUGCGGGGACUGAUCCGGGGUGUGUGGUUCGACAGAAAAAUGGGGCGAGCGCAGGAAUGAGUCAGCAAGCAGUGGCUGCUCGCAAGCGGAACGAGAGGACAGCCAAGCUGGUGAUGAUUGUGGUAUCCGUAUUUGCAGUUUGUCUCCUACCAUUCCAGAUCCAGUUCCAGCUGUGGGCUUUUCUGGACACUGAAGCUCUGUAUGAGGCCAGUCCUCUGGGCUGUGAAGUGAGUCUCAGACUGGUCUAUGCAUUCUUCUUCCUCAACAGCAUCGUCAACCCAUUCGUGUACACUUUCCAGUGUCAGCCCUUCAAGGAAGCCAUGAGAGCAUCAGCCCCCCAGCUCCUGCUCAAGGCAAUGGACAACCUUGGAAAAUGACUUCAGAAACCAAAAAAAGGGGAACUUGAGGAGGGGGGAGGAGGCAACUAGGAAGGACAUUUGAAAUUGACUAUGUUGUCUAACGGGGAAACAUCUUCGCGUGUUUAGAGUGUAUUUAUUUAUCUCAAUUAUUAAGAAGAGAGUUAUCCUUGAACGUCCAUUUUUAUAUUGAUAGUAUAAACCAAACGACAAAUCAUUAACGUCUGAGACGUGAAUUUUCGAAAUGAGAACUUGUUUCAUUUCUUAAAAUUGAUUGAUAAAAUGUAUUG